GUGGGUUUCCACCAAAUGUUCCAGCGUCAGCCAAGAGAGGAAGAGAGGUUGGGGUACUUUGUGCUGGAUUUUGAGGCUGGCAUCCUGCAGUAUUUUGUGAAUGAGCAAAGCAAACACCAGAAGCCUCGGGGAGCCCUGUCUCUGUCUGGAGCCAUAGUGUCCCUGAGUGACGAAGUUCCCCACAUGCUGGUGGUGUACUCCGCUAACGGAGAGAUGUAUAAGCUGAGAGCUGCCGAUGCAAAGGAGAAACAGUUUUGGGUGACUCAGCUUCGAGCUUGUGCCAAAUACCACAUGGAAACGAGUUCUAAGACGACUCCAAGUUCCCGAAGCCGCAGUCUCACUUUGCUCCCCCAUGGAACGCCCAAUCCUGCGUCUCCCUGUAGCCAGAGACACCUCGGCACGGGGGCCCCCGGUGUUGUCACAAUCACGCAUCACAAGUCGCCUGCAGCUGCCCGAAGAGCCAAGAGUCAGUAUCCCGGCCAGCUUCACGAAGUCAGAGAGAUGAUGAACCAGGUGGAAGGACAGCAGAAGAACCUCGUGCACGCCAUCGAGUCUCUGCCGGGUUCUGGCCCCCUCACUGCCUUGGACCAGGAUCUGCUCCUCCUGAAAGCUACCUCUGCUGCCACCCUCAGCUGCCUCGGGGAGUGCCUCCAUUUGCUGCAGCAGAGUGUGCAGCAGGUGGGCCAGCCCAGCCACAAGCCGGGGGCCUCAGAGAACAUCCUGGGAUGGCACGGGCCCAAGUCACAUUCCACAGAGCAGCUGAAAAAUGGGACCCUUGGCUCUUUGCCAUCAACCAGUGCCAACAUAACCUGGGCGAUUUUACCAGACUCCGCUGCAGAAGAGCAAAGCUUGCCGCCAGAGCCCGAGCCAAACUCAGGCCCUGAACUGGUUUUGUCCGAAGAUGAAAAAAGUGACACUGAAGAUAAGGAAGAGACAGAAUUGGGCGUCAUGGAGGAUCAACGGAGUAUAAUUCUCCAUCUCAUUUCACAGCUCAAACUAGGAAUGGAUUUGACCAAGGUGGUGCUUCCCACGUUCAUCCUGGAGAAGCGGUCCCUGCUGGAGAUGUACGCAGACUUCAUGGCGCAUCCAGACCUGCUGCUGGCCGUCACCGCUGGGGCCACACCGGAGGAGAGGGUCAUUUGCUUCGUGGAGUAUUAUCUCACGGCCUUCCACGAGGGCCGCAAGGGGGCCUUGGCCAAGAAGCCCUACAACCCCAUCAUCGGUGAGACGUUUCACUGCUCCUGGGAGGUCCCCAAAGACAGGGUCAAGCCAAAGAGGACUGCUCCCCAUUCUUCUGCUGGCCACGAACACCCGAUGGCCGAGGAACCUUCCAAAAGCUACAAACUGAGGUUUGUGGCCGAGCAGGUGUCCCAUCACCCACCCAUCUCCUGCUUCUACUGUGAGUGCAAGGAGAAGAGACUGUGCGUCAACACUCACGUAUGGACCAAAAGCAAGUUCAUGGGCAUGUCCGUGGGGGUCUCCAUGAUAGGGGAAGGUGUGCUGAGGCUCCUGGAACACGGGGAGGAGUACGUGUUCACCCUGCCCAGUGCCUACGCGCGCUCCAUUCUCACCAUCCCCUGGGUGGAGCUCGGAGGCAAAGUCAGCAUCAGCUGUGCGAAGACCGGCUACUCAGCGACGGUGAUAUUCCACACGAAGCCUUUUUACGGAGGGAAAGUGCACAGGGUCACGGCCGAAGUGAAGCACAACCCAACCAACACCAUUGUUUGUAAAGCCCACGGGGAAUGGAACGGUACCUUAGAGUUCACGUACAACAGUGGAGAGACCAGGGUCAUCGACACGACCACACUGCCAGUGUACCCCAAGAAGAUCAGACCCCUGGAGAAGCAGGGGCCCAUGGAGUCCAGGAACCUCUGGCAGGAGGUGACCAGAUACCUGCGGCUGGGGAACAUUGAUGCUGCCACCGAGCAGAAGCGGCGCCUGGAGGAGAAGCAGCGGGUGGAGGAACGGAAACGGGAGAACCUCCACACACCGUGGCAGCCCAAGUAUUUCAUCCAGGAGGGUGACGGCUGGGUAUACUUCAAUCCUCUUUGGAAGGCGCACUGAUGGGGUGGAGGUGUAGAGCUUUCAGAAAUAGCCCUGUUUUAGUAGGAAUUAAAGUGGUACAGUAUCAAGGUUCUGCUGGUAUUCACUAAGACCUCUUGAUAUCAUUCAAGAAAUGGUACCUGAGAGAGAAAUGAUAUACUGUGAAAAAUGCACCACCAAACUACUCCAGGAUUGAGUUUAUUCAAGAGCCAUUUGGGGCAUGUGUGUGCACACAGGUCUGUGUGUGAGCUCUCAGUACGGUAUGUUCACGCACAUGCACUAUAUACACAUGUCUACUAGGUAUUAUUACACAUGUAAAUAUUGCACUUACCGAGAUUUAAGUGGGUAAUUAUGAGCUCCUUUUUAUCAAUGAGGUUUGAAGUUUUCUAUUUUUCACUUUGCCAAAAAUGUUUUGCACUCACAAAAGUAUUCUCGUGUAGUCAGCUCCUGUCGAAACAGAGGUGAAUUGGCUUGGCCCAGGUGAGGUCCCUAUGGUGGAAAGUGGCUCAUUCCUGGGAGAAGUGUAGGUGGUGGUCACUUCACAAUUAGUGUUGUGAUUCUCACCUCUCUUCCCACUUGAGCAUUUUGUUUGUCCUUAAGAAAGAGAAGCUAUUUCCUGCUGAAUGGUGAGUGGGCAAGAAGCUGUUAAAGGUUUAUGCCAGAGCCUUCCAAGAUGGAGCAUCUUUGGGAGAAGCAGGCCCAUCUUGGAAUUUGCCUCCCGUGUCCUUGCCCCAGAAUCUUUCUGACAAUUUCUCCUGCGCAAAGCGUUAGACAUUUUUCAGAAGCUGCUGCUUUUACAGUAGAAAACAAGUCAGAAUGAAGACUUCACUACUUUUGUGAUGAAAAAGGGCUUUAGAAGUUAAAUACACACAUGCAUAUACAAAACUGCACAACCAUAGCCUCAAUUUUGUAUUUCGUUUGGGGAAAGAGAAAAGAACUUCCUGUGGGUUUUUUUUUUUUAAGUGCGCCUCUCUUGUUUGACCCAAACUCGGCAAGAAAACCACUGUGAUUAAAUGACACACACAUAAAGCCUGCAAAAGCGUUCCAUGGUUUCAGCUGAAUUUCAGUCCUCAGCCUUUACAAAUGAGGUCAAGACAUGACUAGAAUAUAAAGCAAGGAAAAAAUGAAGUAUUUGAUUUUUUGCUCAAUGCUUAAUUUAUUUUUUACUGUGCCACUCAGAAUAUUUAUAAAAAUCCAGUAGCAUGAAUGCUUCUCUGUAGUAAUACUGAUUUUGUGCCUUUUGUCUGCUUUCUUAAGACCAAUUGUUCACUUUGUAGAUAUUAGACAAUAUAUUUCGAUUAAGUACUAUACCUA